AUGGCAUCCGACGCUCCAGCCAGUGGCUCCCUUGCUGAUCGAGUCUCACAACCAGAAAAGACAGAGGCUGUUGGCGAGAAUGGCCAGUCCGACGGCGCCGUACCUCAACAGGGUGGCUCUGAUCUUCAGGAACCCGAGUACACAGUUGAGGUUAAGCUCAGCGACCUUCAAGACGACCCCAACAACCCGCUCUUCUCGGUGAAGAACUUCGAGGACCUUGGACUGGAUCCCCGCAUUCUCCAAGGCCUGUCCGCUAUGAACUUUCGUAAACCCUCCAAGAUCCAAGAGCGAGCUCUGCCUUUGUUGAUGGGUAACCCUGCGAAGAACCUGGUCGGCCAAUCCCAGUCAGGAACUGGAAAGACCGCUGCUUUCGUCCUGAACGUCCUUAGCCGCUUGGAUCUGUCAAAUGAGCAGCUCCAAAAAACACCACAGGCCCUGAUCUUGGCCCCAACACGAGAAUUGGCCCGUCAGAUUGUUGGCGUCAUUCAGGUCAUGGGUCAGUUCCUGGAUGGGCUGAAUAUUGGAACUGCUGUUCCGGCAGAUUCAAAUGCGCGCCCGACGAGAUUGGAAGCGUCUGUUGUCGUGGGUACGCCUGGAACUGUCAUGGAUAUGAUUAAGAAGCGUAUCAUGGUGCCUGCAAAACUCAAGGUUAUUGUGUUGGACGAGGCAGAUAACAUGCUAGACCAGCAAGGUCUAGGCGACCAGUGUAUCCGAGUUAAAGCUCUAUUACCAAGGGAUAUUCAGGUCGUCCUCUUCUCUGCUACUUUCCCUGCCCACGUGCACCAAUAUGCUUCAAAGUUCGCACCAAACGCCAACGAACUUACUCUGCAACAUGAGGAGUUGACAGUGGAAGGGAUUAAACAAUUGUAUCUGGACUGCGAGAAUGAGGAGCAUAAAUAUAAGACGCUUGUGAACCUCUACGGUUUACUUACCGUCGGUUCUUCUAUUAUUUUCGUCAAGACCCGUGCGUCGGCUGUGGAGAUCGAGAAGAGAAUGGUCGCCGAGGGCCACACCGUCGCAUCUUUGACCGGUGGUAUCGAGGGUUCCCAGCGUGACAGCAUUAUCGACAAAUUCCGUGCUGGUGAAGCCAAGGUCUUGAUUACCACCAACGUUCUUGCACGUGGUAUCGAUGUGUCUACCGUUUCCAUGGUCAUUAACUACGACAUCCCCGAAGUUUACCAGCAAGGCAACCGUCAGCGCCAGGCUGAUUUCCAAACCUACCUCCACCGUAUCGGCCGUACCGGACGUUUCGGCCGUGUCGGUGUCUCGAUCUCAUUCGUCUCAAACCGUGAAGAGUGGGAAAUGCUCACCCAGAUCCAGAGUUACUUCAACACCGAUAUCCAGCGCAUCGACACAAACGACUGGGACGAGGUUGAGGAUAUUAUCAAGAAGACAAUCAAGAACACUCGCGCUCAGUCCAACUUUGGACGGUGA